GCCAAGUCUAGCGUGCUCCAUCAGAAGUGCAGACCAAGACAAGCCUCCAUCCUGCAACAAGACGGACGACAGACCUCGGAAGCGUCGGGAUCGAUUCGGCGCAGAUUCGCCCGUUGGAAGAUUGCUGAACCAUUGUCAGACGCAACCAGACUGGCAUCCCAUCCACUUGGCACGCGGCCCUUCAGCAAGCAUCCUCGUCAACACACUACAAUCAUGCCUCCAACAAAGCCCAAGGGCGGCCGCAUGAUGGCCUUGAUCAACUAUCGCCUCAAGAUCACGCUUAAUGAUGGGAGGCAGCUGACAGGUCAGAUGCUCGCUUUUGACAACCACAUGAACCUGGUCAUGGCAGAGACCGAAGAGUUUCGAACGUUAAAACGAUCGUCUAAAAAGACAAAAGGCAAGGCUGCAGAGGGAGCGGAAGACGAUGAUGACGAUGCAGUGAACGUCCCAGAACCAGAGCAGAAGCGCACACUAGGCCUAAUCAUUCUACGUGGCGAGACGGUCGUCUCACUCUCCGUGCUCGCGCCUCCACCAGUGGAGAAGACUGGCGGGCCAGCAGGCGUAGGACUCGUUCCGGGACCGGGCAGAGGCGCACCUGCCGGCCGCGGGAUGGGUCUCGCGAUGCCCCCCGGCGGCGGGCCAGGCGGGCUACCGAUGCCGCCCGGUGGUAUCCCGCCCCCCAUGAUGGCUGGGCGUCCGAUGCCAUACGGAGCUCGACCACUACCGCCGCCUGGCAUGCCCGGUAUGCCACCCCCACCUGGGAUGCCCGGGAUGCAGGGCUUGCAGGGUUUGCCGCUCCGCCCCCCGCAAGGCUUCCCGCCGGGUUUCAGGCCUCCUCCGCCUGGAUUCGGCAUGCCCCCACAAUGAUGAACGACUCCCGUUUCAGGUUGUAGGAUGUGACAUGCGCAUUUACAAUGUACAAAAGCAGCGCUUCUAACUGAUUUCGAUGCCAUGCC